AUGGCUUCUGUUUCUGUUGCUUCACGUUACACCGUUUCUUCAUGGCCUCCCAAGACCAACAACAGUAGAGCCGUUGUCUCAUCUUUCACCAAAAUCCCAUUUGGUAAAAAGACCCAGUACUUCUCUUUGUCUCCGUCUUCCAAUCCCACUUCAAAAAGACGUCGUCUUUCAUUUUCCAUGAAAAAUGAUCAAGAAAACGAACCCAGUUCUUCAUCUUCUUCGGCUGUUGUAAUUACUGAGAAGCCAAGUGAUGACAGUGAUACCCAGCAGAGUAAAUUGCCAGCGGAAGAAGUUGAAACGGGUAAGGAGAGUGGCUCUGAGUCUGAGGAGAAGGAGAAACAGCAAGAAAUGGAUUGGAAGACAGAUGAGGAGUUCAAGAAGUUCAUGGGAAAUCCCUCUAUCGAAGCUGCAAUAAAGUUGGAGAAGAAGAGGGCAGAUAGGAAGCUCAAGGAUCUUGAUAGGGAAAGUAGUGGUAACCCACUUGUAGGGCUCUUUAAUAAAAUUCUGCGUGAUAGUUUGACUAGAGAGAAGGAGAGGCUGGAGAAAGCUGAAGAAGCCUUCAAGGCAAUUGAUCUUAACAAGUUAAAAAGUUGUUUUGGAUUUGAUUCAUUUUUUCCCACUGAUGUUCGGAGAUUUGGAGAUGGGGGCAUUUUUGUUGGAAAUUUGAGGAGACCAAUUGAAGAGGUCAUGCCCAAAUUGGAGCAAAAACUGUCUGACGCGGCGGGAAGGGAGGUUGUGUUAUGGUUCAUGGAAGAAAACACAAAUGACAUCAGAAAACAGGUCUGUAUGGUGCAACCCAAAGCGGAAAUUGAUCUACAGUUUGAGUCAACCAAGCUGAGCACUCCUUUGGGUUAUGUUAGUGCAGUAGCCUUGUGCGUUGCUACUUUCGGAACAAUAGCUCUGAUGAGUGGCUUCUUCCUCAAACCUGAUGCUACAUGGGAUGACUACCUAGCUGAUGUUGUGCCUCUCUUUGGUGGUUUCAUAUCCAUUUUGGGCGUUUCUGAGAUAGCCACUAGAGUGACAGCAGCUCGCCAUGAUGUAAAACUCAGUCCAUCUUUUCUUGUGCCAUCCAAUUGGACAGGGUGUUUGGGAGUGAUGAAUAACUAUGAAUCACUGCUUCCAAAUAAGAAAGCUCUUUUUGACAUUCCAGUUGCACGCACAGCUAGUGCAUAUCUUACGUCCCUGGUGCUUACGGUUUCUGCUUUUGUGGCUGAUGGAAGCUUUAAUGGGGGUGACAAUGCAUUGUAUAUAAGGCCUCAGUUCUUCUAUAACAAUCCCUUGCUUUCCUUUGUCCAAUUUGUUAUUGGUCCUUAUACGGAUGACCUUGGAAAUGUGCUGCCCUAUGCAGUUGAAGGUGUUGGAGUUCCUGUUGAUCCCCUUGCUUUUGCUGGACUUCUAGGCAUGGUGGUGACUUCUCUGAACUUGUUGCCAUGUGGGAGACUCGAAGGAGGCCGCAUUGCGCAAGCCAUGUUUGGAAGAGGCACUGCUACUCUGCUAUCCUUUGCCACAUCACUUUUACUUGGUAUUGGUGGCCUAAGUGGAAGUGUCCUCUGCUUGGCAUGGGGGUUAUUUGCAACUUUCUUCCGUGGCGGAGAAGAAAUGCCUGCAAAAGACGAAAUCACCCCCUUGGGAGAUGACAGGUUUGCUUGGGGUUGUGUUCUUGGCCUCAUCUGCUUCCUCACGCUUUUCCCCAACAGCGGAGGGACGUUCUCCAGCUCAUUCUUCAGUGCACCAUAUUUCAGGGGUGAUUUGUAA